GGAUGGAGUAUAACUUCAUACGCAGUCGUGCCCUUACUUAUCUCAUGACGGUCGUCUGAGUGUUGUUCAGUAUAUACUUAUUUAUUUUGCUCCUAGGGUGGUACCUACCUAUUUAACUUUCAUAGCAUAGUUAGCAGUUAUCACAAAAGUGAAUACUUAGGAACGUAUAAAAAUGAUAGUGUUAAUAUUAUUACUAUCCGUUUGUGCUGUAUAUUAUAUUUUCUACAGACUAAAACGAAAAUCCUUGUACGAAUUGUCCCGAAAGUUACCCAAUAAUGGUUCAUUACCGAUUAUUGGACACGCACACUGGUUCAUGGGAGGUCCUGAGCGAAUGUUAAAUAGCAUUCAAAAGCUAGCUAAAAUGACUGAAGAAACAAAUGGUGUUGGAACAAUUUGGAUUGGUCCUCAACUUUAUGUCGUAAUUACAAAUCCUGAUGAUGCUCAAAUUAUAUUGGAGACGUGUCUGCAAAAGGACUCAUCGUACAGGUUUCUUCAAAAAUGGCUUGGAAAUGGGUUAUUUGUUGCCCCAGUGGAUCUAUGGAAGAUUCACCGAAGGGUACUUUUGCCGAUUUUUCACAAACGCAACAUCGAAGACUACAUCGAAGUAUUCGGUGAACAAGGACAGGUGCUGGUCAGUCGACUAUCGGAGAAGCUGACGGUCGACAAAGAGUUCGAUGUGUUUAAAUAUAUUACUUCGUGCACUUUGGAUAUUGUGUUUGAAACCGCGAUGGGCGAGCGCAUGGACGUGCAGCAGUCGCCGGAGACUCCGUACCUGCGCGCGCGCAACACCGUCAUGUCCGUCAUCAACAUGCGCCUGUUCAAGGCGUGGCUGCAGCCCGAAGUGCUGUUUCACCUCACGCCGUACGCGAAGCUGCAGAAGGAGAACAUUGACGUCACGCAUAAGUUUGCUGAUGAGGUUAUACAAAAGAAGCGAGCUGCAUUUGAAAGUCCAGACUCCAACGGUGUCAAUCACGCUCGAAGUGAUAUACUGCAGCAAUUACUAGAGAAGGAUAUUAAAUUCUCUGAUGAAGAACUUCGAGAGCACAUCGACUCCAUCACCAUAGCUGGCAAUGACACCACGGCUCUGGUCAUAGCAUACGCUCUCGUGCUGCUGGGGAGCCACCCACGGGAACAAGAGAUGCUCUUCGACGAAUUGCAAAUGAUUUUUGGUGAUUCGAAGAGACCACCAAACAAAGAGGAUCUCGGUAAAAUGGAAUACUUGGAAAGAGUUAUCAAGGAAACCAUGAGGUUGUACACGGUCGUCCCUGUGAUUGGCAGGGAGACACAGAAAACUGUGCAACUUUCAAACUGUACCGUGCCUGCAGGCGUAGGGUGCGCAAUACUACCCUUCGUCAUGCACAGAUGCAAGAAGAUCUGGGGCCCUGACGUGGACAGCUUCAACCCAGACAGGUUCCUGCCAGCCAACAGCGUCAAGCGACACCCUUGCGCUUUCAUUCCAUUUAGUUUUGGGUCUAGGAAUUGCAUAGGUCGCCACUUUGGAAUGCUAGCGAUGAAAAGUAUAUUGUCAAAUGUCCUAAGAAGUUACAAGAUAAAAUCUAAUGCCUGUGAACAGUUAAAAAUUGAAAUACUUCUUUUCCCGGUAAAGGGACAUCUUAUAUGUAUAGAAAAACGUUAAAUUAAACAUGGCAAUGUAAUAAAUAGGUUUUUCUAGUUACCUAA